CAAGACAAUAACAGAGUUUGAGAGCCCCCAUUUCCCAUGCACUGACUGCCUGCAGGGCCUGUACUAAGCACCUUCAGAUAACAGUUUCAUGUAAUCCUUAUACUUAUAAUAGUAACUAUGGGGUACUUUAAUAGUAGGCUUGUUAAUCUCCACAAAGAUGCUAUGGUUUAGAAAAAUUAACUUGCCUAGAAAGUCACAGAGGUAGGACUUGAACUUUGGUCUUUUGUCAGCAAAGUUGGCUCCGAAACCAGAAUGUGGAACUGCCAGAGUCAACUACUGAUUCCUUCAUGGACUUCAGAGGCUUCAAAUCCUGUGGCUCAAGUGCUUCCAUCACUACAGCUGAGACUUUCCCCCUGCUUAAAUGGGGACAGAGCAGGGAUGUGGAGGGUUGCUCUUCAUUCAUCCCCAACAUAGGCACCUUCUUUUCCAAUUCAGCCAACUUUUAUUGAAGGAAUCCCUUCCAAGCGCUAGGCGCCUAGAGGGUGACAUGCCUGUCUAUUAGACAAUCACGGGAAGAAAUGGCUGCCCAAGGCCUUGUUGCUACUGAGUGGAACUGAGACAAAAACAACCUAUCAGACCAUGCUCGUGUGCACCCACCCUCUCUGCUAGGUACCGUGAGUGGGACACAAAGAUCAGUCAGCAGCAGAUGUUGCCCUUAAAGAACGUGUAGUCUAGUUAUUCAGAUACAACCAGAAAUCACUGUGCUAGAAGGUGAAAAAUGGCUCAGCUCCUUGUUUUUUCAUGUCUUCUUCCAGAAAGGAAGAAAUUACAUAAUCUUUCCUGUGUCCAGGCUGUUGACGCUGACAACUGGACCGGGCGGUCAGGCUAUCCCAAGGCCACACGUCUGUACCUGGACUCAACCUAAGCAGCUGUGUCUCUGGGCUUCUGGGCCCAGCCCCAGAGAAAGCCCCUACAUAGGCACCAUUCGGCACUACGGUGUAAACAGAUGGAGCAUUGUUGAAGGAGUGCCCCGGAAUUAAGGGAGCAGCUGUGGCCGAGGCGGGACAAUCCCGAGGAAACAGGCCAGUGAAGUCUGUGAGGACGCCUAACUGUGGAGUAGGGGCCCGGGGAGAAGGCCUGGGAGGGGACACGCUUAGGCGGGUGAGCGCUGAAGAGAAUCCUCUGAAGACACGUUGUAGGCACAUCUCCCGGGUGCUGAGGGGUCGGAGCUGUGUCCAGUCCGAUUCUCGGUGAAGGGAGGGUGCGUUAUCUGAGGCUUUCUGCGAACGGCUAGGGAAAGGCGUGGUUCUGAAGGCGGACAGCCCCGAGGAGUCGAAAGGUUCUCAGGAGAUCUGCCAGGACUAGAGCCUGAGGGCGCGCCCUGCGCCGGGUCCGCGGGGCGCUGUGAUGGGACGCUCCAGCGAGCCAAGUGUUCCGGGUUGAGGAAAGACCAAUAGCCGGCAGGGAGCCCAGCGCGCGCGAACCGCUCGGGCGCGGCGGAAAGGGCAACCCAUCCGCUGCCGCGCCGAUUUCGCCUUGGCACCUCCCACUUUCUCCUCGGAUUGGCUACCUCUGGGUCUAAGAACCGGCGCUUGAGCCCUAUUUCCGGUGGCGGCGAGGUCGGCCCCUGGAGAAGCCGGAAGGACUCACUGGUGCGGGGUUCCUAAAGUCUAAGCAGCUGUGGAAACAGAUGUGAGCGCCCGGGGCGGGGGAGGAGACGUCAGGAAAGCUGGAAGUGGGGACAGAGUGGGAGGAGCGGGACUUUGAUGAACCGCAAAGGGAGGGGCCUGCAGGGAAUGGAAGAAUUAAAUGAAAAUAGGGCGAAGCCUUAAACGGAGUCCACGAAGCCGGGACCAGGCGGGCGAGGCCUAGGAGGCGUGGUCUUUGUCUGGGCGGGGUCUUUGGCCUCCAAUUUAAGGUGGCUCUGUGUGGGCGGGGCCAUCUGGGGCGGGGCUUGGCGUGGAAGCGAUAGCGCGGUAGCAUGGGGCAUCGUACUCUAGCCUCCACGCGGGCCCUGUGGGCCUCCAUUCCAUGUCCACUGUCUGAGCUGCGCCUGGACCUGGUUCUGGCUUCUGGACAGUCCUUUCGGUGGAGGGAGCAAAGCCCUGCACACUGGAGUGGUGUACUGGCGGACCAUGUUUGGACACUGACUCAAAUUGAGGAGCAGCUCUACUGCACUGUGUACCGAGGGGACAAGGGCUGGGUUGGCAGGCCCACACUAGAGGAGCUGGAGGCUGUACGUGAGUACUUCCAGCUAGAUGUCAGCCUGACUCAACUGUAUCGCCACUGGGGUUCCGUGGACUCCCAUUUCAAAGAGGUGGCUCAGAAAUUCCAAGGUGUGAGACUGCUGCGACAGGACCCCAUCGAAUGCCUUUUCUCUUUCAUCUGUUCCUCCAACAACAACAUCACCCGCAUCACUGGCAUGGUGGAGCGGCUGUGCCAGGCCUUUGGACCUCGGCUCAUACAGCUUGAUGAUGUCACCUACUAUGGCUUCCCCAGCCUGCAGGCCCUGGCUGGGCCAGAGGUGGAGGCUCAUCUCAGGAAGCUGGGCCUGGGCUACCGUGCCCGCUAUGUGAAUGCCAGUGCCCGAGCCAUCCUGGAAGAACAGGGUGGGCAGGCCUGGCUGCAGCAGCUUCGAGAGGUCCCCUAUGAGGAGGCCCACAAGGCCCUCUGUUCCCUGCCGGGGGUAGGCACCAAGGUGGCUGACUGCGUCUGCCUAAUGGCCCUAGACAAGCCUCAUGCUGUGCCCGUGGAUGUCCAUGUGUGGCAGAUUGCCCAACGUGACUAUAGCUGGCACCCUACCACAUCCCAGGCGAAGGGUCUGAGCCCCCAGACCAACAAGGAACUAGGAAACUUUUUCCGGAGCCUGUGGGGACCUUAUGCUGGCUGGGCCCAAGCGGUGCUGUUUUGUGCUGACCUUCGCCAACCCCACUGUGCUCGGGAGCCACCAGCAAAGCGCAGAAAGUGGUCCAAAGGGCCUGAAGGCUAGGUGGGAGGGCACUGGGCAAAGGAAUUCCUGAAAAGACCUUUCCCCUCCAUUUCCCUUUGCUCUGUCCCCAUCCCCACCCAGUCUCAUGCUGGGGAGGAGGCUCCUUGCAACUACCUCAGGUACCAAGCAUCCCCAUAUCAAGCAGUUAGUUUGCACAAAAAGGUGGGGUAAAUACUAUUUGGAGAGACAGCACUAUGGUUUUAUCUUCUUUCCUUUAUUAUAAGAAGGAACAAUAAAAUAGAAAUAUUUGUAUGGAAAA